AUGGCGACUACGGCCGCCAGCGGGCCACCUACGACGCGCGUCGACGUCCCCUCAUGGAAUGGCGAGGCUGACAAGUUGACGAGCUACAGGUUUGAGGUCUCCAUGUUCACCAAGAGCAUCAAGACUGCGGAGCGCUACGUGUGCGGGCCGCAGCUGGUGCGCGCCCUCGGGGCGCGAGUCCGGACGACGGUGGAGAGCUGCCCGGACAUCGACACGGUCGACGAGAUCGACAAGGAUGGCGUUUUGAUUGGGUGGAACAAGGUGUUUCAGUACGUAUUGGAGAAGCUGGACUUCACCAGCCUGAAUGACACGGGCCUACUCGCGGAGGAGUUCUUCUUGAAGGUCAGCCGGAACUCAGGCGAGACCUUCCAGGACUGGGCCGCCAGAUUUGAGAAGAAGGAGCGUGAGCUGUUGGCGCAGCUUCAAGUCAUUGACUCAAGCGUGACGGAAGUGAUUGCGAAGCCUCUUCGGACAUGGUGGUUCCUUCGGAAGUCCAAGCUAUCCCCUGUUCAACGUGGAGAGAUCACCGCCGCGGCAGGUGGCGACCUCAACUUCGGCAAGACAUACAAGGCCUUGCUCACGCGUUUCCCGGCGGAGGCGCUGGCGGAGCUCGACGGCAAGCAGCACCGUAAGGCCUUCUAUGAGGACACGCACGUCGACGACGUUGAGGACGAGACUGGUGGGGAAGAUAUUGAUUACACAGAGGUUGUCGAGCAGCUGAUCACCCUCGCGGAAGAGGAUGAAGAUGAAGAGCCAGCUGUCGACAACCCAGCGGACAACGAGGUGUUCGCAGAUUUCAAGCAGGUGGGCCGGAGCUUCAAGGACGCUCGCGACCUGAUCCGACGGCUUCGAGUAUCCCGCGACUACUACCCGGUCGUGUCGCUCAAGGACCCCGAUCGCGUGGCACCGCCUCCGAACCCGGGACGAGGUUUCCAGCGUGGCCGGGGCAAGAACGGUCGAGGCCGCGCUCGCUUCGACACGGGCAAGGGACGUGACAUGUCCAAGAUGAAGUGCAUCGCGUGCGGCGAAUAUGGUCACCGAGCGGCGGACUGCAACGAGAGGUUCAAGAAAGACAAUACGAGAUAUGGAGCUCGCGGGACUACUCACAACGGCUUCGUCCUGUCCGCCCUCGACGAGUACCUCUACCUCCUGGAGCGCGACGGCAUCUGGGCGAUCCUCGACAUCGGGGCCACGAAGAGCCUCGGCGGCCUCGAGAGCGUCGAGAACCUCAUGUACGAGAUGCUGGACCAGCACGGCCAGGAGUUCGAGACGACACAGGACGAGUGCUCAUUCACCUUCGGCGACGGCCUCCAGAAGAGCUCGAUGGGCACGGUGAAGGGGAACGUGUUCCUCGGCGGGGACCUGACCGAGGUCAAGCUGUCGGUGAUGCCGAACCGCGUGCCGAUCCUCCUGGGCAUGGACAUUCUGACUGACUCGCUGAAGGUUGUGGUCGACUGCGGCCGGAACUGGAUCGGCCUUCCGACCAUGGGCAACAAGGUGUUCUUCUGCGAGCGCCUCUCGAGCAACCAUCUGGCCGUCAACCUGACGACGCCGCAGUGGUGGAAGGAGGUGCCGCUUUCCUUGCCGAGUGCCGGGUGCCUGACGUCCGAAGCGACGGCACCCGAUGUUCUGGUCGAGGAGCUGCCCGAGGAGGCCGCUCCCGACGGAAACCUCGGCGGCGCGGACACCUACCAGAGCGACGGAAACUGCGACACGGAGCGGAUCGGCUCGAGCGACGGAAACCUCGAUUUCGUUCGGACGGACGGUCAGGGGAUAGACAACUUCGGCUCCAGCGACCCCGACGCCAGCAUCAGCAGCAACACCAGCUAUCCCGGCUCCACCAGCGAAGUGGUACAACACAGCAGGGAAGGGCGGCUGCUGCGGAGCUCUGGGGAAGACCAAACGCAGGUGCAGCUGCUUCGGGGGCAAGAGCCACCAGUGCCUCAGGACCCCACAGCAGGGAGCACCCGGGACACCAGGAGCGGCAUCAACAGCGACAGCCAGCAGCACCCCACCGAGCCCCGCGGGGGCUCAGCCAGUGACGAGACCUCCGAAGUCCGCGUGCUCUUGCUGCGGGACCCUCGGGAAGACGAUUCGGGGGUGCAGCUGCCGCGGAGGCAAGAGCCACACGUCUACGAAGGCGACGGAGGUGACCCUCCGGGAGCAGGCCGUGGCUCUACGCUGGCGGCGCCUGUCCUACAAGCUGAACUCCCCGGAGGUGCAGGGGGGCUAGAAGUUCACUCCGGAGAUGCUCGACGACUCGGAACUGCCGGAGAUGGACUCGAAGAGGAAACGCUGAAGCAUCUCGGCGACCAGGAUCUCAAGAUGUUCUACGAGAGCCACGACAAGGUCCUGGACGAGAUCUACCAGACCAUCGCCGAGGACCUGACGGAGCUCGGCAGGCCCUACCGCAUCGACCUGAUGGAGGUGUGCUGUCCGGAGGACUCGAGCCUCAGCAAGGCCGUGCAGGAUCAGGGAGGCAAAGUGUUCAGGUGCGGCCUCUUCAAUGGGAUCGACAUGGGAACGGCAACCGGGCUUCGACGUGCACUUCACCUUCUCCGACGACUCCGACCUCGCCGCUUGGUUCUCAGCCCGCCAUGUACAGCAGACUGCCCGAUCCAGAAUCCCAACCAGAAGACAGCUCAGCAGAAGGCCACGUACCUGGCGAAGGUGCGCAAGGCCCGACGGAUCCAGCGGAACUGCAAGAGCCUCUGGGAAGACUCGAAGAAGAUUCACGACUGCCACACCGAGCUCGAACAGCCAGCUGCCAGCCGAAGCUGGACCAGGUCGCCCUCGAUCAAGGCGAUGCGCGACCAGAUGCAUGAGACGAUCAUCCAUGGCUGUGCGUAUGGACUUCGCGAAGCUCGUUCCGGCCUGCUGAUGCGGAAGGCAUGGCGCAUAUGCUCGACAGACCCGGAGUUCGGCGCUAAGCUCGGCAGGACGUGCUCCAACCGCCCUGGCAGGGGCGACAACCACACACACCGCCCCAUCGAGGACGGACAGGUGGUGGCCCAGACGGCCUUUUACCCACCAGCACUGUGUAAGGCCUGGGCAAAGCAUAUCCUGAAGACGAACACCAGCGCGAGGUACGGCAAGGAGAUCUUCACCAGCUUGGAACAGAUCCCAGAGGACGCUGAAGAGGAGAUGGAGGAGACCCUCGACGAAGACCUCUUGCAGGAUAACCCCGAGGCCAUGGACGACGAGUCGGUCAUGAAGGGCCUGGGCAUCUCCGAGACACCGACCAAGAAGGAGGAGCUGGAGAUGGAACAACGGCUGACGCGGCUCCACCGCAACCUCGGCCACCCGAGCAACAAGACGCUGUACAAGAUCCUCAAGGCAUCGGGAGCACCUCUACAGGCCCUCCGAGCAGCUCUUCGUCUCCAGUGUCACGCAUGCCAUGCGGGACAACUACCAAAAGCCGUCAGGGUCGCCUCGGGCAUCGAGUUGCCAGGCGCCCUAGAGGUGUUGGCCUCCGACGGGCUCGAGUGGCUCUCGCCGAAGCAAGACUCUUUCCUGAUGACGUUGAAUAUCGAUGAGGGAUCCGGGCUCACCAGUGUCACCUAUCAUGGACAGAAGGGAGAGCGCAAUGGUAACAUAUCGACUCAGGAGGUGAUUUCAACAUGGAAUGACUGGUGCGGGCAUUACCGCCGCCCCAGCCUUCUCCGUUUAGACCCCGAAGGUUGUCAUCGGUCACAAGCAGUGGCCAGGUGGUGUUCGGACCGCGGCAUCGAGCUGUGGAUUGCCCCGGGCGAGGCCCACUGGCUGAUGGGCAAGGUCGAGAGGCGCAUCCAGCUGUUCAAGCGAUUGAUGACGAAGCUGGCAACGCUGGACCCCGACUGCCCGGUCGAGGAGUUGGUGUCCUGGGCCGUGAGCGCGAUCAACAGCAUGGACAAGGUCGGCAACCACUCCCCGUUCGAGCACGUGAUGGGCGUCUCUGGGAUGCCGGCCUCGAGCAACCCGUUCGCCAUCAUUGACGGGGACACCGGGGAGACUCAGGAGCAGAGGCGCCUCCUCGCGCGCAAAAGCUUCCUGGAAGUAGAGUAUGCUGAGCGUCGGCGACACGCCGAACAUGCCCGCAACCGGGUCUAUCAGACCUGGAAUCCGGGGGACCUCGUCUACUUCUGGCGCAAAGGGAAAGGCCUUGACCCUCGCCCUGGGAAGAAGGGCGGAUGGUACGGCCCUGCUCGUGUCCUUGCUCAGGAGAAACGACGCGUGGACGGGCGCACCCGUCCGACCUCGGUCAUCUGGAUCUCCCACGGGAGCGUGCUCAUCAGGUGCGCCCCGGAGCAGCUGCGCGUCGCCUCGGAGGCAGAGAAGAUGAUCGUCGAAUUGCAGCGGCAGAGCAACCUUGGCAAGACCAUGACGGAGAUCUUGGAGACAGCCAAGGGCGGUACCUAUGAAGACCUUCUCGGACAAAAUCCUCCAGACCUCCGAGAAUACGAGCAUCCACCGCAGCCGACGACGGCGAUCCCCGCGACCGAGGGCCAGACUCUCGAGAACAACAGCGAGGCGAGUCGAGACCUCGGUGGCGCAUGUCACACCGCGGACCAGAGCUCGAUCUGUACGUACCGCCGGAGAAGCGACAGAAAAGGUGCAGACGAGGAGAUGGCCGACGCGCUGUUCGACAGCAACCACCUGGUCGACCUCUUCAAGGACAAGCUGGACAUCACCCUCGGCACCGACGAACAGCAGACCGUCUACUUUGAGUACUUGCAGGACGAGAACCCCACUCCAGACGGACGCCGAGGUUUGAUGAACCACAUCCUGGACAGCUUCGUCAACCAGCGCCGGAAGGACAAGGUGGAGCUGACCUGGUCCAAGAUGAACGCCACCGAGCGUGAGGAGUUCGAGGCAGCCAUCGCCAAGGAGACGAACAACUGGGUCCAGCAUCAGGGACUCCGCGCUGUCCCGACAUCUCGGGUCAAGGACGCGGCGGACGUCAUCCGGGCAAGGUGGCUCUUCACCCGCAAGUCCGAUGGGAAGGCGAAGGCCCGGCUCGUCCUCCUCGGCUACCAGACGAAGGACCUAGGACAAGAGCCGACCGCCAGCCCCACCGCGUCUCGGCGCGCCCGUCACGUGAUGCUGACAGUGGCCGCCGCGAACCGCUGGAAGCUCAUCAAGGGCGACGUCACCUCCGCCUUUCUGCAGGCCCACGACCUCGACAAGGACCUCUUCAUCGAGCCAGAUGCCGUCCUCAGAAAGGCCUUCCACGUGCAGGAAGGGGAAAUCCUCCAGGUCGUGAAGCCUGGAUAUGGGAUCGGCGAGGCGCCCCGGCACUGGUGGGAGACGGUCAAGCACGACUUUGCGAAACUUCGACUCCAAGUCUGCGAGUUGGAGCCCUGUCUCUGGAAAGCACGAUGUUCCAGGACGGGUAUGCUCAUCGGUAUGAUCAUGGCCCACGUCGACGACUUCAUCAUGGCAGGGGAUACCUCCCACCCUGAGUGGCAGGACAUGGUCAAGCAGAUCCGAGGGCUCUACAAGUGGGGCACCUGGGAGGACAUGAAUGACGGGCUCACCUCUCUCGAACAGUGCGGCGUCACCAUCGAGGAGAGCGAGCAGGGCUUCUUCCUACACCAGAAGUCGUACAUCGACAAGAUCAAAGAGGUCAAGGCGGCCAGCGGCAGUAAGCAUCGGACCACCGACAGCCUCAAGGACUCUGACAAGACGGUGCUCAGGGCGUUCUGCGGCGAGAUCUACUGGCUUGGCGUGAAUACCAUGCCAUUUCUCUUAUCGUGGGUAGCCGACCUCCAGAUGAAGAUACCAGCAGGUACUCACAACCUCUUCACGGCUGCUAACAACAUCGUCAAGCUCGUCAAGCAGAGCCGCCACAUGGGGAUCAGGAUCUACCGGCACGCCCUGGACGACCUCGCCAUCUUCACCUGGUGCGACGCAGCCUGGGCCAGCCGCCCGGAUGGACACUCUCAGGGUGGUCAUAUCACCGCUAUAUCCUCCAAGGCGGCCAUGGGCGGGAAGCUCUCCGAGUUCACGGUCCUCGACUGGGGCUCCAAGAAGCUGCGCCGCGUGGCUCGGUCAAGCCUGGCGGCGGAGGUGCAGGAAGCCGGCGACGCCGAAGGCGAACAGAGCAUG